AUGCAGGAUGACUUUCUGUAUAGUGUUUCCAUUUUAAGUGGUAUCCUUUGCACUACCUUGGCAGUUAUCAAAUUUAUGUUGGGGAGUGUGCUUACCAGCAGAGCAUUGUUAACGGAUGGUUUCAACUCUCUGGUAGGAGGAAUAAUGGGAUUCUCCAUCCUACUAAGUGCAGAGGUUUUUAAACAUAAUGCCUCUGUUUGGUACCUGGAUGGAAGUAUAGGAGUUUUAAUUGGACUUACAAUAUUUGCCUAUGGAGCCAAGCUACUUAUUGACAUGGUUCCCCGUGUACGGCAAACACGUCAUUAUGAAAUGUUUGAAUAGAGACAGUGCUAUGUGAAUUGGACAAGGACUGCAGAAAGUGACAACAUCCAACAACUUGGC